UCACAAGUACGACGUCGUUUGAACAGACUUCUAUCUAAUCCAACCAGCCAAGAUUCCCUACAGGACUUCCCCUGUUUAGAGAGAGAAACACAAAAAUGGCAACCAUGCUCACUCACACUCUCUCUCUACAGCUUCCCUCCAAAUUCCCACCUUUUUCUCCCCUAAUUCUACACUCCAACUGCCCUUCCCGGUUCAGAUGUCAAGCGGGUCAGACCGGGUUCUUCACAAAACUGGGCCGGUUAAUCAAAGAAAAGGCCAAGAGUGAUGUGGACAAAAUCUUCUCAGGGUUCACAAAGACUAGAGAGAACCUAGCUGUUAUUGAUGAGCUUCUUCUUUACUGGAAUCUCUCUGAUACUGAUAGAGUUCUUGAUGAGUUGGAAGAGGCAUUGCUGGUUUCUGACUUUGGUCCAAAGAUCACUAUAAAGAUUGUAGAGAGCUUGAGGGAUGAUAUAUAUGCUGGUAAGCUCAAAUCAGGAAGCGAGAUUAAGGAUGCUUUAAAGAAGAGUGUGCUAGAUUUGCUGAUGAGUAAAGGUCUUAAAACAGAGCUUCAGCUUGGAUUUAGGAAACCAGCUGUAAUCAUGAUAGUUGGUGUCAAUGGAGGUGGAAAGACAACAUCUCUUGGAAAGCUGGCCAAUAGAUUAAAAAAGGAGGGGGCCAAGAUAUUGAUGGCUGCUGGUGAUACAUUUAGAGCAGCUGCUAGUGAUCAAUUAGAGAUCUGGGCUGAGAGGACCGGGUGUGAGAUUGUUGUUGCUGAAAAAGAGAAGGCCAAAGCAUCAUCUGUUCUUUCACAGGCUGUUAAGAAAGGGAAAGAAGGAGGCUUUGACAUUGUCUUGUGUGACACCUCCGGUCGUCUGCAUACCAAUUACAGCCUCAUGGAAGAACUGAUUUCUUGCAAGAAAGUUAUUUCUAAAGUUGUUGCAGGUGCACCUAAUGAGAUUCUGCUUGUUUUGGACGGAACAACAGGGUUGAAUAUGCUUCCACAGGCCAGAGAGUUCAAUGAGGUUGUUGGGGUAACUGGUUUCAUCUUGACAAAGCUUGAUGGUUCUGCUAGAGGAGGCUGCGUGGUUAGUGUGGUUGACGAACUUGGCAUUCCUGUGAAGUUUGUUGGAGUUGGUGAAGGUGUAGAUGACCUCCAACCCUUUGAUGCAGAAGCAUUUGUGGAUGCAAUAUUUUCGUGAGUAUGAAAAAGAACAAAUUCUGGCAAGCGGAAUGGAGCAUCGUAGUAGGAAUACAAAUCACAGCAGAAUCCAUGUGCAAGGUCAGCCUGGAAUUUCAAAGGUGGAACAAAUUAUCACCUGAAGACGAGCUGGAGUUCAUAUUUGCAUAUAUUCUAUAAAUAUAUAUUAGAUUCUCACUCCUUUUAUUUGUUGAUGUUAUCAUACUUAGCAAGAUGUAGAGUAAUGUGUAUUAUGUCAAAUAUAGAUAGGUAGAUAUGAAACAGGCAGCAAUUAGGUCAGAACUUAUUUUUUGUCAAGGCAACUGGAUGUGAAAGCACUGAGAACUGGAUGAAAAUGAGGACUUAUUUUGGGAAGAAAAUUCACAUUUGCAUAAUACUUUUUGAUAUUAUGUUUUUAA